UGCCAUCGGGUCCAAUCGUCACUUGUGUUUUAAAGGCGUUGUUCAUCAUCAUUUUCGGGCUAUUCGAAUUUGCCUACAAAGAAAAUACUGGUAGGAAGGCAAUUUAAUAGGACCAUUCACAUUUUUUUGUCCCAGUUGUCGAUUUUGUCGAGUGUGCGACUGUAAAAUACUUCAAAUUGUAACCAAUGACGACGAUUCGAAAAAAGUUGGUGAUUGUCGGCGAUGGUGCCUGUGGUAAGACUUGUCUUCUAAUUGUUUUUAGUAAAGAUCAGUUUCCCGAGGUAUAUGUUCCAACGGUUUUUGAAAACUACGUUGCGGAUAUUGAAGUUGACGGUAAACAAGUUGAGUUGGCCUUAUGGGACACUGCUGGGCAAGAAGAUUAUGACAGACUUCGACCAUUAAGUUACCCAGAUACGGAUGUCAUUCUGAUGUGCUUUUCGGUGGAUUCGCCUGAUUCAUUAGAGAAUAUUCCCGAAAAAUGGACUCCAGAGGUUAAACAUUUUUGUCCAAAUGUUCCCAUAAUUUUGGUGGGCAAUAAAAAGGAUUUGCGAAAUGAUCCCAACACUAUUCGUGAUCUGGCCAAAAUGAAACAGGAGCCUGUUAAGCCUCAGGAGGGUCGUGCUAUGGCUGAGAAAAUCAAUGCCUUUGCUUAUUUGGAAUGUUCAGCUAAGUCUAAGGAAGGUGUAAGAGAUGUCUUCGAAACGGCUACCAGGGCUGCAUUACAAGUCAAGAAGAGGAAGAAGACCAAAUGCCUUUUGCUCUAAAAGAGCAAGCCUAUACAAAACAUGUUACACGUAAAACAAGGCAAAACCACGCACUCCCGAUUUUUUUAUUUCCUCUUUUUAAACGAGCGUCAUCAAAUGUUUUUGAUUGAAUUCUUGAUCAUGAUUAAUUGAUUAUUAAUUAAUAAUCGUAUUUUAUUUAAAUGAAACUAUUAUAUAUUGUAAACAUGUAUUUAGCAGUAAACGAAUAAUGUAGAAAUCUAAUUAUACACUAUGCAUUGGAGGAAAAAAUA